GGAAACCGGCAGGAAGAGAGGAAGAGAGCUCGGGUCGUGAGAUCUGUCAAGUUCAGCCAGACCAGCCAACUUUACGACCCAGCCGCUGCGCCGGACACGCCAUCACUUCAAACCACCAAAAAUACUGCGCCCGGUUCUUUUUCGCCGUCUUUGGUGUUUCGGCGAAGUCAGGACAAAUCUGCGGACGUUGCUGCCGCAUUUUAGUCACUUUCCUCAGAGUUCCCGGAAAUACAGCGCAGAGGGCAUCGGUGUGAGGAUGGCUACGUACAGGCUGGUCUUGAUCCGCCAUGGAGAGAGCUGUUGGAACCAGGAGAACCGCUUCUGCGGCUGGUUCGACGCGGACCUGAGCGAGACCGGAGAGCACGAGGCAAAGAGAGGAGGACAGGCCCUGAAAGAUGCUGGCUAUGAAUUUGAUAUCUGCUACACCUCUGUCCUGAAAAGAGCCAUCCGCACCCUGUGGUUUGUUCUGGACAGCAUCGACCAGAUGUGGCUGCCUGUCCACCGGACCUGGCGCCUUAAUGAGCGCCAUUACGGUGGCCUGACUGGGCUGAACAAGGCUGAAACAGCAGCCAAACACGGAGAGGCCCAAGUCAAGAUUUGGAGGCGCUCUUUUGACAUUCCUCCCCCACCCAUGGAUGAGGGACAUGACUUCUAUCAGAGCAUAAGCAAGGACCGGCGUUAUGCUGACCUCACGGAUGACCAGCUUCCAUCCUGUGAGAGUCUCAAGGACACCAUCGCCAGGGCGCUGCCUUUCUGGAACGACGAAAUCGUUCCACAGAUCAAAGAGGGAAAAAGGGUGCUGAUUGCUGCCCAUGGCAACAGUCUCCGGGGCAUUGUCAAGCAUCUCGAGGGGAUGUCAGAGGAGGCCAUCAUGGAGCUGAACCUGCCUACAGGCAUCCCCAUUGUCUACGAGCUGGACGAGGACCUGAAGCCCACAGGACCCAUGCAGUUCCUUGGAGAUGAGGAGACGGUCAAGAAGGCCAUGGAAGCUGUGGCUGCUCAGGGCAAAGCCAAGAAAUAGACUCAUCCUCCCUCAGGGGACUAGAGUACAGAUCAAUUAUGUGCUGUUCAGUUCUCACAGUUUGUGUCAUCACAGACUUGCGCAAACACAGACACACAAUGUGCACUUUAUUGUAAUAAUACCCAUCUUUCAUGCAAACGUACAAUCUAGUGUUUGAUUUGAUUGGUCUUUACUUUUUGACACACUGAAACACACAUUUCAUUAUUAGACUAUAGACAUCAGCUGUAAUAUGGUUUAAGCACUGACCAAAAAUUGCAAAUUAGGGACCAGCAAAUAGAUAUAGACUACAAACAUAGACUAACCCUGCAGAGUUGUCGCAAGUAUUCCUUCCUAUUUAUGAUCCAUGUAGGUGAAGCUCAGUAGGAACAGUCUAACCUAUAAAGUAACACUGGCUGUUGUCUAAAGGGCAAAUUGUUAUGCUCUGCACUGCUGAGUUUUGUUUGCUGUGGCAUUGUGAGAAAAAGAAUAAAUGUUGUGAGUCAUUAUGUGAUGAAA